UGCGUUCCAAGAGGCAUUGAUAGGACCCCUAGCCAAAUCAGGCUUUAGGUGUGAGCCUCAAGCUGUUAAAACCAGUGGUUAUAACUAAGCAUUAUUCUAAUUAAAAUAUUUGCUUUAACUUCACUUGAUAAUGCUUACGGGUUUGUUAAACAGUCAACAAUAUUAAGGUCGUAUUCGAGGGAUAAUCGAUCAUGGCUACUACUGAGAAUGCAGAGACGGGUUUACCAGAAAACAAAGGAGAGCAUCAUGGGAGUGCUAACCCGAACACAAAGCACCCAACCAAAGUCCAGUACUGUGGAGUGUGCUCCUUGCCAACAGAGUAUUGUGAGUACAUGCCUGAGCCAGCCAAAUGCAGGCAGUGGCUGGAGAAGAACUUCCCAGAUUUGUUUGCCAGAAUGAGUGUAGGAAAUGCUCCCAAGCAGGACACCGGCUGUGAAGAGGCACCACCUGUUGGAGAGGAGGAGGAGAGGAAGAAGCAGAAGAGAGGUGGCAGAGGACAGAUCAAACAGAAAAAGAAGACUGUGCCUCAGAAAAUAACAAUAGCUAAAAUCCCCCGCGCCAAGAAGAAAUACGUCACACGGGUCUGUGGAAUGAACACAUUUGACAUUGACCUUAAAGAGGCUCAGAGAUUCUUUGCUCAGAAGUUCUCCUGCGGCGCCUCUGUGACGGCGGAGGAUGAAAUCAUCAUUCAGGGAGAUUUUACAGAUGACAUCAUCGAUGUCAUUCAGGAGAAGUGGCCUGAGGUGGAUGACGACAGUAUUGAUGAUCUUGGAGAAGUCAAGAAGUGAAGACCCGACGUGUGCUUUUAGUGAGAAUGGAUGUGACCUGUAACAACAACAAUAACCUGGCCAAAUGUACACAUUAACAUUAAAAAAGGAGUCAUUUUAUAUCUAUUUUAUUUACUGUAUAGAAACUGUGGACUCGGCCACCCCACUUGACAUUUUUCAGUUUUUGAUAGCUACUCUCUUGUUUGCCAAAGGUCUGGUCUGAUCUGAAUCCUUCCAAAACGCUUUUCACUCGGCAAGCUUGUAGGGUAAUAAAUGUCGGUCUCAAUCAAUUGUUCACGCUUUAGUCCUUCAUCAUAUCACUCUGUGUAUGUACACGUCUCACUAUACUGUCUGCACUGUGUUCAUCCUGCCUUUGUGUAAUUUAAUUUCAUAAGACACAUCUGUGGGCAAGGGGCAGGGUCAUCCACUCGUGCAUUUUACCAGUAAGUCUAUGGUCUAAUGAGUCUUCUCAAAUACAUCCUGUGGAUAGGCCAAGUACCCCCAGUGGUCCUAGUACCCUUGGUUGGGAAGAUCAAGGUCUGAGAGUACCUUACUUUGAAACAUCUUCAUUCGGAGUGUUUUCCAUUUCGUACCUACUGAACAUGACCCUGUUUGUGACCUUUAUUGUUGUUUUCUGGGAACCCUUUGAUGUCCCUUAUAUACCCAUGAGUAUAAUAUUUCCACCAGCAUAAUAGUUUUAUAAUGAAGCCAUAAUCCCUGGGCUGUUAGUUUACACACGCAGAGCCAUUUCCCUAUGGACAAAUAGCACCCCACAAGAGAGAACACACUACGUACACACACUCUCCAAGUUGUUGGCGCUGGAAGAUUGUUUGCAUGAGCACAAACAAUAAAAUCCCUGAUCCCAUGAGGUGCGUAGUACACCCUAUCUCCAGGUUGACUCUUCAGAGGGGAGCAAAGUUGCACACAGAUGCUCUCUAGUCCGUAGCGUAUCGUUUGACCCAUGGCGAACUUCACUACUAUGGACGACAACUGCUGCGCCUUCGAAUCUCCCAUUCUGGACCUGGUCCUGCCUCCUAUCCUGGUGCUGGAGUUCAUGUUCGGGCUGAUGGGGAACAUUGUGGCUCUGUGGAUGUUUAUCUUCCACAUGGACACCUGGAAACCCAACUCUGUCUACCUCACACACCUUGCCGUGGCUGACUCCAUCGUCCUGUUCUGUCUGCCCUUCAGAGCCGACUACUACAGACGUGGCAAACACUGGAUCCAUGGUGAUGUCCUGUGCCGGCUUAUGCUGUUCCUGUUGGCGGCCAACCGUGCCGCUGGCAUCUUCUUCCUUACUGCGGUGGCCGUAGACCGUUACUUCAAGAUUGUUCACCCUAUGAACAAGAUCAACCGGAUGGGCCUGAACUAUGCUCUGUGGGUGUCUCUGGGCCUGUGGGGCCUGAUCAUCGCUGCAACCGGGUACCUGCUGGCCAAUGAACACUUCUUCUACCGCAACAACCGGACUCAGUGCGAGAGCUUCAACAUCUGCAUGGGCUUCAGCCCGCUGUCUACGUGGCACAACACCUUCUACGUAAUCCAGUUCUUCCUGCCAACCACCAUCGUCAUCUUCUGCACCGUCUGCAUAACCUGGCAGCUGAAGAGCAAGACGCUUGACACCAGAGGGAAGAUCAAGCGGGCGGUGCAGUUCGUCAUGGCCGUGGCACUCAUCUUCAUCAUUUGCUUCUUCCCCAGUACGGUGUCUCGGAUCGCUGUGUGGAUCCUCAAGGCCUGGUACAACGAAUGCCGGUAUUUCCAAGAGGCCAAUCUGGCAUUCUACACCUCUGUGUGUUUCACCUACUUCAACAGCGUGCUGAACCCCAUCGUAUACUACUUUUCCAGCCCGGCCUUCAACGGGACCUUCCUAAAGCUGUUCAACAGACUGCUAGGGAGGAAAGAGGAGGAGGAACAGUCAGCCUCGCCUGUGAAUGGGACCGGGAUCUGCAGUCCGAACACAGUAUCAGGGAGGAUCUGAAGUGGUAGUUAGUCACUUCUAACCACUGAUCCAGGAUCUGUGCCUGGGCAUGUACUCGCAAAGUGUCUCAGAGUAAGUCUUAUUCAUUGUGGUCUAAAAUACAAAACUGAUCUUAGAUCAGCACUCAUACAUUGAGACCCUUUGUGAAUAUGGACCCAGAAGUAUCUGACUGUGGUUAUUUCUACUCCUAGUGCAGGGUUCCCCAACUGGUGGCCCACAGGUGAAUUUAUUUGGCCCCCCAAGUUUUCUGAGCAAAACAAAUCUAUAUAGAUAUUUUAUUUUUUGGAGUUAUUGUUGUUGGACAUAAAAUAUUGUAAAAACACCAGCAAAAAUAAAUCAAGUGAUUUUAAUUAUGGAUAUCUGUUCCAAAGAAUUCCCACACAUUAAAGACAAAUACAAUAUGUAUAGAUCAUAUGUAAAUGUAAGCAAGGUUUGAAAUGAUUGUUUUAUUUCUAAUUAUGUUCUGGCCCCCUGACCAUGCUCAAGAAUAAAUCUGCCUGCGGCUCAAUCUAAUUGA